CCCCCCCCCCCAACCUACCAUUAGAGAGCGAAGGCUAGCUUUCGGCCGGCGGAAGGCGGUGAGAUGAUUCCUGUUCGUGUGGUUUUGCUGCUGUUGGCAGCGUGUUCCUUUCGGUGCAGACAAGUAAAUGGCUCUAAAGUAUCCUGUGAGUCAUCUCAAUUUCAGUGCAGAAAUGGCCGUUGCAUCCCCACAGUGUGGAAAUGUGAUGGUGAUGAAGAUUGUAGUGAUGGAAGUGACGAAAGUUCCUGUGCUAAAAAAACAUGUGGUAGUUCUGACUUUGCAUGCCGUGAUGGACAUUGUGUGCCUGGAAGAUGGCAAUGUGAUGGGGAUGCUGACUGUGAGGAUGGAUCAGACGAAAGUACAGAAGUGUGUCACAUGAGAACUUGCCAUGUCAAUGAAAUCAGCUGCAACCCUGGAUCUACUCAGUGUAUCCCUGUGUCCUGGAGAUGUGAUGGUGAACAAGAUUGUGAUAAUGGUGGAGACGAAGAGAACUGUGGUGCCCUUACUUGCAGUGUCCAGGAAUUCACUUGCUCGAGCGGUAGAUGUAUCUCCCAGACUUUUGUAUGUAACGGUGAAGAUGAUUGUGGUGAUGGAAGUGAUGAAAGGGGAUGUGCUCCGCCCACCUGUGGCUCCCACGAGUUUCAGUGCAACAGCUCGGAAUGUAUCCCCCUUCAGUGGGUGUGUGACAGUGACAUUGACUGUGCCGAUCACUCCGAUGAAUCGACGGAGCGCUGUGGUCGUACUCUCCCUCCGCUGGUGAUGUGCUCGGCUGCCGAACUCCAGUGUGAUUCUGGUGAAUGUAUUCAUCGCAGGUGGUACUGUGAUGGUGAUGCUGACUGCCGGGAUGCAAGUGACGAAAUCAACUGCCCACCCCUGACUUGUAGACCAGACAACUUCAGAUGUGGUGAUGGCAGCUGCAUCCAUGGUAGCAGACAAUGUAAUGGGUUUAGAGACUGUCCUGAUGGCACUGAUGAAAUUAACUGUAGGAAUGUUUCAGAUUGUUCUGGGCCAACUAACUUCAAGUGCCGCAGUGGAGAAUGCAUUGACAUGACUCAAGUGUGUAAUCAGCAGCAGAAUUGCAUGGACUGGAGUGAUGAGCCUCUCAAAGAAUGUGGUUUGAAUGAAUGCUUGGUGAACAAUGGUGGUUGCUCCCAUAUCUGCAGAGAUCUUGUCAUUGGCUAUGAAUGUGACUGCCCUGCUGGCUUUGAGUUGGUUGACCAAAAGACAUGUGGCGAUGUUGAUGAAUGCCAGAACCCUGGGAUUUGUAGUCAAAUUUGCAUUAAUUUGAAAGGAGGCUAUAAAUGUGAAUGUUAUAAUGGGUAUCAAAUGGAUCCAGCCAAUGGUGUUUGCAAGGCAAUAGGUAAAGAGCCUCAUCUAAUGUUCACUAAUCGCCGUGAUAUCAGGCGAAUAGGAUUGGAGCACAAAGAGUAUACCCAAGCUGUUGAACAGCUGAGAAAUGCAAUAGCUUUGGAUGCUGAUAUGGCGGAGCAGAGAAUCUUCUGGGCUGACUUGGGCCGGCGGGCCAUCUUCAGCACUUUGGUGGACCAACAGACGUCAUCUGGCCAUUCCAGAAUUGUCAGUGAUGUGCAAAUUCCUGUGGGAAUUGCUGUGGACUGGAUUUACAAGAACAUCUACUGGACUGAUCUAGGGUUCAAAACAUUGUCUGUGGCGAACUUUGAUGGGACCAAAAAGAUAACCCUCUUUAACACAGAUCUAAGGGAGCCAGCUUCGAUAGCUGUUGAUCCUCUCUCUGGAUUUGUCUAUUGGUCAGAUUGGGGUGAACCAGCAAAGAUAGAGAAAGCUGGAAUGAAUGGCGUUGAUCGCCAGAUCUUGGUUAGCAAUGAUAUUCAGUGGCCAAAUGGAAUUGCAAUUGAUCUCGUGAAAAAACGCCUCUAUUGGGUGGAUUCAAAGAUUCACAUGUUAUCCAGUGUGGACCUGAGUGGACAGGACAGAAGGAGAGUGCUCUUGUCAGCAGAGUUCCUUGCUCAUCCAUUUGCUGUUGCUGUGUUUGAAGAUCGUGUGUUCUGGACUGAUGGAGAGAACGAUGCUAUCUAUGCGGCCAACAAGUUUACAGGAAUAGAUGUAGUCCUGUUGGCCUCAAACCUGAAUGAACCUCAAGAUAUCAUAGUCUAUCAUGAACUUGUACAGCCUUCAGGAAGAAACUGGUGCAGUGGGCAACUGAAGAAUGGAGGGUGUGAAUACAUGUGUCUGCCUGCUCCUCAAAUCAAUAGUCACUCAGCAAAAUACACGUGCAUGUGUCCAAAUGGAAUGGAGCUAGCUCAAAAUGGCCGCCAGUGCAGGAUGGGAACUGCAACUACUGGACAUGCUCACAUACUGCCUUCUGCAUCUCAAGCACUUUAUGCUCCCCACAUAACAAUGCCAACUCCCUUGCCUGGCUCUAAAGAUAAAAAUUCAAGCAUUCAACUUCAACUGAACCAGCUUGGGAAAGGAUCAACAGCUGUUUGGAUUGUCCUUCCUAUUGUCCUUCUGGCAAUCACUGGUUUGGCUGUUUUCAUUGGACUACGCAACUGGCAGAACAGGAACACCAAAAGUAUGAACUUUGAUAAUCCAGUCUACUUGAAAACCACUGAAGAUGAUUUGAACAUUGACCUCAACAGGCAAAGUCAGUCAGUUGGCCAUACCUAUCCUGCAAUUUCAAUUGUCAAGACAGAAGAUGAUACAGCCUGAUCUUCAAGAUUAUUUUAAUUGCUUCAACCAGCUGCCAGCUCAGUGAUAGUAGUUUGCAGACAAGUGUUUUCUACAUGUAAAUAUUUAUUUAAGGUAAAAUGUCACUGAUUUGGUACCAUUCCUCAAUCUUGAGGUAUUUAGAUUAACUAUGCAAGCUCUGGCACAAGGCCAUGAAAUUGCAGAUAAUCUAAAUAAAUUGUAUAACUGUAAAUAAGUGAGCCAUUUAAAAGCUCUGUAAAUAACAAAUAUCAGUAACACUUUUUCCAAAUGGUUGAAAGACAAGACUGACAACUGCCAAGGAUUUGUAUUAAUUUUUAUGUGCCAAAUGUAAUUUUUUUGCCUGAUUGUUUACAGA